UUUAAUUGAAUUUCUUUAAAUUAUCAACUUCAUGGCCUCGUCAGGUCUAACCCAGCUAAAAUACAAAGGCAAUAUCUACAACGUGGGUGAUUGCCUCAUGCUCAGAGAAAGCAAUCUCAAGAUCCUCGUAUGCAAACUCUUGGAAAUAGUCCAAGAUGGAGGUAUUAAGGAUUACGAAGAAUGGCCCUCAAUUAGAGUCCAGUGGUAUUACCACUGGAGUGAACUAGACCUAGUAUCUUUAGGAAUACCCAAGGAGGAUCAUAAGUUCCUUGGUGAUAAUGAACUCUUCUUCUCCGAUCAUGCUGAAACCGUCUAUAUUGACUCUAUUCUGGGCAAAUGUGAAGUAACUACAUUACAGGAGUAUGACAAUUUGGAAAAUAUGCAAGACGAAAACUAUUUCUCAAGAGCAUCCAUUGUCACAAAAGAGAAUAGGCUUAGCCCAUCCUUUGGAGAAUGGGAGACGUUUUGCGUUUGCAAUAAACCGAUGAAUCCAAACCUACUCACAGUAGGGUGUGAUAAAUGAACCGAGUGGUUCCAUCCCGCUUGCGAAGGACUUACCGACGAACAAAUUCCCAAUUUGGCUUCUUUUAUUUGUUCGAGAUGUAAAUAAUUUGACAGGUGAAAAAUUCAACAUUCAA